GAAGGCAUACUACUAGGUUUAGGACACCCAUUGUUGGACAUCAUAGCGCCGGCAGACCAGACCCUACUAUCCCGUUACGGCCUCAACGCGAACGACAGCGUACGGGCCAACGAGACACACACCGGGCUAUGCCGUGAACUCACUGCUAACCCUAAGUGCCAAUACAUAGCCGGCGGGUCCGUACAAAAUACUCUACGCACAGCUCAAUGGAUAUUAAAACAACCCUAUUGUACAACAUUUAUGGGUGCCAUAGGCGAUGAUGAGUACGGCCGCAUAAUGACCAAGGUCAUAUCCGGACAGGGCGUAAAUUUUGUGGCCAUGGUCGAUCAGACAACGGGCACCGGUACCAGCGCGUGUCUAAUUAGCGACAAAUCACGGGCACUGGUAGCCUAUUUAGGUGCAUCGCAAAAUAUUAGAAUCGGUCAUUUGUUAAACAAUUACAACUAUGUUGAAAAGGCCCGCUAUUUCUAUACAUCGGGCUAUCACGUGGGUAUAGACCCGGAGUCUAUUAUGAACUUAGCCCAGCAUGCACACAAUGCACCUGGUAAAUUGUUUUGUCUGAACCUAUCGGCCCCUUAUAUUAGCCAAAAGUUGUCGAAACCUCUGCUAGAGCUGUACCCAUACGUUGACAUACUAUUUGGCAACGAAGCCGAAGUGCAGGCCUUUGCCACCCUUAAUGGAUGGCAGACAAAUGAUGUGAAGGAAAUGACACGACUGGCCGCAGACAUGCCCAGCCGGCGCCCGACCGGCCGUACAGUAGUGAUCACUCAAGGAAUAGACGCUGUACUGGUGGCCACCACUGGGCACCUGGAAGUUCGGGAAUUCCCGGUACCGGUGGUGCCCGAGAGUGAGAUCGUGGACACGAUAGGAGCGGGCGAUGCGUUUGUCGGCGGUUACUUCGCUCAGUUGGUCCGCCACAGACCGGUCGACGCGUGCGUCCGAAGCGGUGUUUACGCCGCACAGCAAGUGAUCCGUCAGAUUGGCUGUCAAUUCCCGCCCGAAAUGUUAUUUAAAUGUUAA